CUACCCCUUUGAAUAGUUUAAAUUUUGGAGUUCCUAAAAUUGAUUUCUGUAAGAAAAUCAACCCCAACCAAUGGAUCUAGAAUUGAGACUCAAGGUCACCCAUACCAUGGAUGAUCAUGUUUCUUCUGCCAACUUUCGGAUUGCCAAAGACAAUUCCGAUCCUCUUUUCGUAUCGAAAGAAACCGAAACUACCUUCGUCCUCACUGGUCAUCUCAAAGGUUAUAGAAGACAGCAUAUUGAAAUUGACAUAAAUGAAGAUGGGACUCAGAUUGCCAUUAGUGGGAAAAAGCCAGUUCAAGAGAAGGUGAUGAUAGGAUGGAUGAUGUACAAGAAAGAGGUGGAGAUAGGGAGUUUCAGAAAAGUCUUUCGGAUUCCGGAUGGAGUGGUUCUGGAUCGAAUCAAGGCCAAGUUUAAGGAACACGAAUCAACUCUCACCAUCGUCAUGCCAAAAUCGGAGAAAGGUAUUCGAGAGGUUGAGAUUGAGGAAGUGAAAGAUGAUGGGGUGGAUAAAGGACUGGAAACACAGCAGAUGGCACAACCUGCAGCUGAAGAGGUUCCUGAAAAAGAUGGUUCUAGGGGGAAAGUUGAGGUAGAAUUUGGUGAGGCUGAGAAAAAGAAAAUGGAAGAAAAUCGCCGGAUCAAGGGAAAAGAAGUUGAUGAAGAGGGGUCCAAGAAAGAAAUUGUAGCUGAUGGAGUUCUUGGGAAGGACAUGAGUGGGGGAAAAAAUCAGGAAGAAGCUAGAGCUUCAAAGAUACAGAGUAUGCAAGAGACAGAAAAGUCUGUAUCGAAAAAUAGGGAAGAGCCAAAAAUGGCAAGGAUUGCGAAGAUUGAAGAAGCUGAUGGUGUUGAGAAAGAGACGGUUGCUAGAAAGGAAUUAGGCACAGAACAAAUUGUAACUGAUUAUAAGGUGCCAAAGAGUGAGGAUGCUAAAGAGACAAUGAAGGAAGAUAAAAGCACUCAAGUAAGUCAAGAAGUUGCUAAGCCAUCACAAGAAACUCAGGCAACUCAAAUUGGAAGAACUGGUGCAGAAGCAGAAGGGUUGGAGGAUGACGUUCAUAGUAGACGAGAGAGCCAAGAAGCUCAAGCUCAACAGAUAGAGACUACAGAAGGAGAUGUUGCUCAGCCGCAAAAGCAAGAACCUGUCAAAGGAGAAGGAAGCCAUGGAAAUGAAAUUCAAGAAGCAGGAACCAAUGAAGAACACAUGAAAGAGAAGGAAGUUGAGAAAUCAAGUGAUGAUCUAGAGGAGACGCCUCCUCGUUUGGAAAAAUCUAAUCUGCUUUGCUCUCCAUUCAUCAUUGCAGGUUCAGCACUAAUUGUUUCCCUAGUCAUGGUAGCAAUUAACAGGAUUAGAACUAGAAAAAGAUAGCUUCUGUGUUUCAGAGCUCCCUCUCUCCCUCUCUCUUGUAUAUUCAACUUUACCUUUUUUUUGGAUUGUAAUUUAACUUAUGAUCCGUUAUGUUAAUGUCAA